AUGGUAAUUACCUUCCUUUAUGUAGUCGCUAUGGUGUUUGUUGUUUCACAACAAGAGAUUGGUCGACCGCUAAUAAAGUUGUCGCAGGCUCCGAAGGACGAAUACACAAAAGACAGAACCUGGACGAAUCUAGCGAUAAGACGAAUGUGGCAGGAACGGAAAAAGAUGUCUCACACACCGUUAUUCAAAUUUAAUUAUGUUGGACAAAAGAAUGUGGACAUCAUGUUUAAGAACGAAUCGGCAUCACGAUCCGGAUCGUUGAAGCAUCGAUACACAUGGGGUCUCAUGAUGUGGGCUCUCAUUGAGGGCCACGUUAAAAAUGGCACAACCAUCUACGAAGCUUCUUCCGGUAAUACCGCAGCCUCUUUAGCUUAUAUGUGUCGAUUAUUGCAUAUAGCAUUCACAGCAAUUGUUCCCGACACCAUUGAAGAUAUCAAGGUGAAACAUAUAGAAGAAUAUGGUGGUAAAAUAAUAAAAGUUCCACUAGGAGAGAGGUUGAUCAGAGCACGACAACUUGCAGCAGAAAAUAAUGGGUUUUUUAUGAAUCAGUUUGGUAACGCCGACAAAGCUGAGGAGUUCCAUGAAAGUGGAGACUUCCCACUUGAAUCGGUGAAUCUAUUUCACGAAAUCCUUGUUCAACUACAGGCCGACGACAUGCAAGAUGUCAAGGUGCCGCAUUAUUUUGUGCACUCCGCUGGAACAGGAGGAACCAUCUCCUCGGUAGGACGAUAUGUGAAGAAGUAUGGAAUUAGCACGGAGAUAGUUUUAGCAGACACUCAAUUCUCAGUGUACUAUGAUUAUGUGAUGUACGAUAGGUUCAAAAAUGAAUCCGGUGCAAGUUUAUGGGUUGAGCCGGGAAUGGCUGGAAUCGGUUAUGGGCCUAUGGGAAUAGCGAAAAAGGGUGAAACGACGAGUAUCGACGCUGCUGUUAUCGAUCGAGUGAUCAAAAUCCCCGAUGUCGCCGCAACAGCCGCUAUGCGGAUACUUCGGGAUCAAGGUGCAUCGGGUGGCACAAGUAGCGGCGUAAACCUUUUGACCUCAAUGCAUAUCGCUUCAACGGCAAAAAAGCCAAUUAAGUCACGCCUUACAAUUGCCACGCUUUUGGCCGACCCAGGACACUAUUAUGACAGUACCUAUUAUAAUAGAGAUUGGAUUGCUCAAAAAUUCGCAAGACAUGGCGGAUUGGAGGCUUAUGACUGCUGGUACUCUGUGAUCUCAGAGAGUCUUGCCUCUGGCGAAGACCCACUGUUUCUCGGAUAUGAUCGAUGUCCUAAUGGAGUAUUCUGA